AUGUCCACCCCUGUCCCUCCUCGCGGUCUUUACGUCCCCACGGUCAUCUUCUACAAUGACGACGACACACUCGACACUGCCAGUAUCGAGAAGCAUGCGCUACGGAUGGCGCAGGGAGGGAUGGCCGGGGUAGUCGUUCAAGGGACGAACGGCGAGUCUGUACACCUCGACGCGGAUGAACGCAAACUGGCCAUCUCCACUACCCGCUCCGUCCUGGACAAGAACGGCUACUCUCACAUUCCCAUCGUCGCCGGGACAGGCAUGAUGUCGCUCAAAGAGACGCUGGAGAUGACGCGCCAGGCCAAAGAGGCCGGUGCGGCCUUUUCAUUGGUCAUUGCCCCUCACUACUGGGCUGCGGCGAUGACCAAGCCGGUGCUCAUGGACUACUUUACCAAGCUGGCGGAUAAGAGCGUUCUCCCUGUCAUCCUCUAUAACUUCCCUGGCGUGACAGCCGGUAUCGACCUGGACUCGGAUAUGAUCAUCGCUCUCGCUCAACAUCCCAAUAUCGUCGGCGCAAAGUUCACCUGUGGGAACGUCGGCAAGGUACACCGUGUCGCCAGGCAUACCACAGUCGACAAGUUCGCGCCUAUGGGCGGGAAGAGUGACUUUUUGAUUCAUGGCCUCUUGGCGGGAAUGACGGGGGCUACAUGUGGACUGUGUAAUCUCUUCCCCAAGGUGCAUGUCGAUUGCUGGACCAAGUAUGAGUCGGGCGAUAUGAAGGGUGCGAGGGAGCUGCAGGACAUACUGGCGGAUGCGGACUCGGCAGCGGGCAAGAUUGGCGGUCUGGCCGGUUACAAGCUCGCAGUCAGCAAAUACUUUGGGUAUGGGAACGGGACCGUCCGGUCACCUCUUCCCAACGUCACCGAGGCGGGGCUGAAGGCGUCGGACGACAUCUUUGGAAGGUUGAUGGCGUUGGAGGAGAAGCUGUAG